AGUGAUGCUCCGUCAGUUCGUCCCGUCCCGACUGUGAGCGUUCCGUUUGCUGACAGCCGCCUCCGCCAUUUCCCCAGUGCCCGCUGCAUGCCGCCCACUCCUCGCUCGUUUCUUUCUUUUUUCUCUCAGCUUUCCUCGUCCUGUUUACACCUCGCCGAGUGUUUAUUCGUCUCGAUCCCCACUUGUCCAGGACGUCUCAGUGAGCGAGACGCCGCGCUACGGCUGCAGAUGUUGACAUUCGAGCGGAGCGCCGCUUAUGAAUCAGACGAUGUUUGACUUCUUCUGACAAGCUCUGUGCUGCACCACGAUGGCACAGCAAGUGUCAGCCAACGGCCCACAAGGUGGAUCCGUCACGAUUUCCUGCUCCUACCAGGCAUACUAUAGAAACCGGGAGAAGUACUUCUGUCAAGAUCCCUGCACCAGUGAGGAUGACGUCCUGAUCAAAACCACUUCUCAGGAGAGCCUGGCCUCUAGGGGAAGGUUCUCUGUCUUUGACUACACCUCCUACAGAGUCCUGUUUGUGACCAUCGCUGACCUGCAGCUGAGCGAUUCAGGCACAUACUAUUGUGGGAUAAGCCUGCUUUGGAGUACAGACUUCUUCAUCGAGGUGCAGCUAACUGUCAACAAAGUUCCCGCUAUCACAGUCAGCCAAUUACUCCAUGAAGAGAUGAGCACCAGAGUGACAUCAGCACCGGCAGAGCUGACAAGCAUGCAGGCAGGGAGCACAGUGCAAGAGAACGGGAGAGCAACAGAGGAAGACCUGAGUGUGACGACAUGGCAGUCAGAGGCAGAGGGUGUGGAGUUCACCACUGCAGUCAUCAGGACGGCCGUUGGACUGCUCUGCGUAUUUUUUCUUGCUGUCACUGUGCUUGUAUCUGAAGUAAUUGCAAGGUGCAGAAGACUUACCUGAAUAAGUACAACAAGAAGGUGGUCUCCAGCAACACUACACCCCCGGUAGAUGGACUCUCCAAUUGUCCUUUUUUUCCUGCAUUAAAGUAGAAUGAGGAAGGCGUUUUUAUCUCAUAUGGACGCCAUGAAUGGAAGCUUGAAGCAAAGUCAUCUUUGACAGUAUAAAUGAACUUUGGGCUUAUUUGUAUUUAAAUUCUUUCUUAAUACUGACUAGAGCAGUGUUCCUCAACCAGUGGAGCGGUCAUGGACUUCUGCCAUUUGGGUCACAAGUUGCUAUUGUUUAUAUUGGUAGUGGGACGAGCAGUUUCUCGUCCUCGAUCUACAACGAUUUCACUAGAUUCACUAAGAGGAACCCACCACUUUAAUGAUCCCGUGUGAUUCACCAAGGGGAACCUGUAACUUGAAUGAUCCUUCUCAAUUUAUUAUGAAUGAUUACCACUCUGACAA